AUGCUCGAAGUGCGACCACCUGAUUUGAGAUGGUAUUGUGGGGAACCAUUCGAGGAUUGGUGUUAUUGUGGAUUGGAAUCAAAGAAAGCAGCGGCAAAAACAAUUCAGGAGUACUUCGACCUGAUUGCACCAACAAUCAUAGGAUUCGAUAAUUAUAAUUGUGAAUGGUUUUUUGAGGAGCAAAUUCGUAGAGGUAUUGCUUUUCUGGAUAAAAAGAUGCCACGUGUUCGCCAAAUUCAUCGACAGAAACUUGAAGAGGUCGUUCUCCGUCAAGAUGCAAAAGAGGUUUUUGGCAAGAGAAAAGUUUAUCGUCUGAUGGAUACAAAGCAGAGUACAUCAAGACUUCUAGACAGUGCAAUGUCUGAAUUGUUCAAUAAUCAGGAGUGUUGUCAAGACAAAGAUGAUUGUGAGGAGAAGGAGAGGAUGGAGAUGCUGAAGAAAAAAACACGGAAUAAUUUGUUGGAUUUUUUAAUAAUUCCACGGAAAUAA